CUGAGUCUGACCCAAACGCGAAGGGAAAGCCAGCUGCUCCGCAACACUCACUCUUCCACAGUCCCACUCGCCGACACUGCUCUCUGUCGCACACACCCCAGAGAGAGAGAGAGAGAGAGGAGAAUGAAAGCCAAACCCUUCUUCACCAUCUUCAUUAGCAAUGCCUACUGCUAGCAACUCCCUUCGACUCUUCUCUUUCCUCCUCCUUUCUCUUCUCUUCUCCUUCGCCCUUGCCGCCGCCGCUGCUACUGCUGCACCGUCGGUGAGCUCUCCGCUGCCAAGCGACGCCGUUUCGCUUCUGUCUUUCAAGGCCAAGGCGGACUUGGAUAACAAGCUUCUGUACACGCUGAAUGAGCGCUUUGACUACUGUCAGUGGCGGGGCGUGAAGUGUGUGCAAGGCAGGGUUGUGCGUUUCGACACCCAAGGGUUUGGUCUCAGAGGCUACUUCGCUCCCAACACCUUGACUCGUCUUGAUCAGCUCCGAGUUCUGAGCCUCCAUAAUAACUCGCUCUCCGGACCCAUUCCUAACCUGGCCGCACUCGUCAACCUCAAGUCGCUGUUUUUGGACCACAACUCCUUUUCUGGGUAUUUCCCGCCGUCUAUUCUCUCCCUUCACCGGCUUCGUAUUCUUGAUCUUUCUCACAACAAUCUAACCGGUUUAAUCCCGGUGGAAUUGUCUGGGUUGGACCGGCUCAGCUCUCUCCGACUUGAAUGGAACCAGUUCAACGGGACAGUUCCUCCGUUGAACCAGUCCUCGCUUCUAAUCUUCAAUGUCUCCGGCAACAACCUCACCGGGCCAAUACCGGUAACCCCUACUCUCUCCCGCUUCGGGGUUUCUUCGUUUUCAUGGAAUCCUAAUCUAUGCGGUGAGAUUAUAAACAAGCAGUGCAGGUCAUCUUCCCCAUUUUUCGAGUCCCCCGGUGCCCGUGCCGGUGCCGCUCCGUCACCGACACCACUCUGGCAGAGCACACAGGCGCAAGGGGUUGUUCUAUCGACUCCAUCUUCAAAGAAACACGUAGGAACCCCCUUAAUUCUAGGGUUUGUAAUAGGGAUGGGAGUUCUUGUUGUGUCCCUUGUUUGCCUGUUUGCGUUGGUAUGCAAACACAGUAGAAAAACCCCAAAAUCAAAUCCAAUGCCGGAACCAAAAGCAGAACCAGAACCAGAACCAGAGCCAGUAAUGGCGGCUUUAGACAUGUGCAAUACGAAUACAGCUGAAAUGCGCCAACAAGAAAACGAAAUGGAGGGCGAGGCAAAGAGGGUUCAACAAGUAGUUGGGAAAAGUGGGAACUUGGUGUUCUGCGUAGGUGAACCACAGUUGUAUAACCUGGACCAGCUAAUGAGGGCUUCAGCAGAAAUGCUUGGGCGGGGUUCAAUAGGAACUACAUAUAAAGCCGUGUUGGAUAAUCAAUUGAUCGUUUCAGUGAAGAGGCUUGAUGCAAGCAAGACAGCCAUUACAAGCGGUGAAGUGUUUGAGCGGCACAUGGAGUCUGUGGGAGGGCUUCGCCACCCAAAUUUGGUUCCAAUUAGAGCGUAUUUUCAGGCCAAGGAGGAAAGGCUUGUCAUCUAUGAUUAUCAACCGAAUGGGAGUCUCUUCUCUCUCAUUCACGGUUCAAGAUCAACAAGGGCAAAGCCUCUCCACUGGACAUCAUGCUUAAAGAUAGCAGAGGAUGUGGCUCAGGGGCUUGCAUACAUCCACCAAGCAUCAAAGCUCGUGCAUGGAAACCUAAAGUCCUCCAAUGUUCUCCUCGGGGCUGAAUUUGAGGCCUGCAUCACAGACUACUGCCUUGCCGCUCUUGCAGACCUCCCUGCUAAUGAGAAUCCUGACUCUGCAGGGUAUAGAGCCCCUGAGACACGGAAGUCCAGCCGCCGAGCCACUGCCAAGUCUGAUGUUUAUGCAUUUGGCGUUCUCUUAUUAGAGCUUCUGUCCGGGAAACCUCCAUCCCAGCAUCCAUUCCUUGCGCCUAUGGACAUGUCAGGUUGGGUGAGAGCAAUGAGGGAUGAUGAUGGUGGUGAAGAUAACCGGCUGGCACUGCUUGUUGAGGUUGCAAGUGUUUGUAGCUUGACUUCGCCUGAGCAGAGGCCGGCAAUGUGGCAAGUGUCGAAGAUGAUACAGGAGAUAAAAAACAGUAUAAUGGUAGAGGAUAAUUCUGGAGGUGCUUCUUUUGGAUUUUCAUAGCUUUGAUUUGCAUUUACUGAUGGAAAGAAGAUAUGCAGCAGGGUAAGAGGCAGUGUCAACUGUACAUGUUGAACAAGUUUUUUAAUAUCAUGGGGCCUAAGAUUGAGGAUUUUACUUAAAUCCAUUUACAUGA